UGACGGUACAGAUUAAAAAAACAGAAAACUGGAUGAGCUUGUUUCCAUUCUCAAGCACAGGACCGGGAACAUCGAGUUCCUGUUUCGCCCAACUGCUUGCUGGCUGGGUCGACGAAAUAAAGAUGCAGAUUUUUGUGAAAACACUGACGGGUAAAACCAUCACCCUUGAGGUGGAGCCCAGUGACACCAUUGAGAAUGUCAAAGCCAAAAUCCAAGACAAAGAAGGUAUCCCCCCUGAUCAGCAGCGUCUCAUCUUUGCUGGGAAACAACUGGAGGAUGGACGCACCUUGUCAGAUUACAACAUCCAGAAGGAGUCUACCCUCCACCUUGUUCUGCGUUUGAGAGGGGGCAUCAUUGAGCCCUCUCUGAGACAGCUGGCCCAAAGGUUCAACUGCGACAAGAUGGUCUGCCGCAAGUGUUACGCUCGCUUACAUCCACGUGCUGUCAACUGCCGCAAGAAGAAGUGUGGACACACCAGUAACCUCAGACCCAAGAAGAAGCUGAAGUAGACUGCUGGAAUCAAAGAUACUGUCAAUAAAACAGUUUGACAAGCAUGAUGGUGGAUGGUUGGUC